GCCUCCGCCCCUUCCUCCCCCCGGGAGCCGGGAGCCACCCAGGGCGCGGAGGACGGGGCUGCCAGCCCGCCGUGCUCCUGCGGCCCAGCCCGAGCCAGAGCAGAGGGACCCUCGGGACCACCGUGCUGCGGCAGCAUGGCGCAGUGGCAGGAGGUGCAGAGUUUGGCCAACACCUACCUGGAGCAGGUCCACCAGCUGUACGCGGGGGCGGCGCUGCCCAUGGUGGUGCGGCAGUGCCUGGCCGCCUGGAUCGAGAACCAGAACUGGCGCCAGGCGGCCGAGCCGCUCUCCUCCCAUGCCCGGAUGCUCUUCCACUCCUUGCUGGCGCUGCUGGGCGAGCACCUGGGCAGCCCAGGGCUGGGCGGCGAGGACUUCAUGCUGAAGCACAACCUGCGCAAGGCCUGCCGCGAUCUCCAGGCUGAGUUCGAGGAGUGCCCGGAGAAUUUUGCUAACCUGGUGGCCAACCUGCUGCAGGAGGAGCGGCGGAUCCUGCGCCUGGGGCAGGCGGGGGCACAGGGAAAGGCCACCCCAGCGCCCAGCGCACCCCCAGAGAGCGACCGGGAGCAGCAGAUCCAGCGGCGCCUGGCCGAGUUCCACGUGGCCCUGCAGGAGGCUGAACGUGCCUUCCGGCACCUAGAUGACUUGCAGGAGGCCUUUGACUUCUGCUACAAGGUGCACUACCUACCGGGUGAGGACAGGACCAGCGACCCCCAGUACGCCCAGCAGGUCCAAGCCCUCGAGGCCAAGCUGCAGAUCCUGGACCGGCAGCGAUGGGAGGUGCUGGCUCAGAUACAGCAGCUUCUGGGGCGCAGCGAGACCCUGCGGGACUUCCUGCUGCAGGAGCUGGAGGCCUGGCGGGAGCGGCAGCAGCAGGCGUGCCUGGGGGCCCCCGUCGACACCCGCCUGCGCCCGCUGGAGACCUGGUUCACGGAGCUGGGCCAGGGGCUCUUCCAGCUGCUGCAGCUGCUGCGGGCGCUGGGGGACCUGCAGCGGAAGGUGACCUACGAGAGGGACCCGCUGAAGGCAGAGACCCCCCUCCUGGAGCGGCGGCUGCAGGAGCUGCUCACUUACCUGCUGAAGAGUGCCUUCGUGGUGGAGCAGCAGCCCAACAUGCCCAACGCCUGCAAGCGCCCGCUGGUGCUGCGUACGGCCAGCAAGUUCUCGGCCCGCGCCCGCCUGCUCGUCCGCCUCCACGACCGCAAUCACCGCAUGGAGGCCAAGAUCCACAUCGACAGGGACCCCCCCAAGAUAAAAGGGUUUCGCAAGUUCAACAUCCUGACGUCGAGCAGCAAAACCCUCCUGGCAGGGGACAGUCCCCAGGACGGGCUGGUCUGCGACUUCCAGUACCUUACGCUGAAGGAGCAGAAGGACAGCCGGUCGGGCAAGGGCAGCAAAGGCACCGGCGAGGGUCCCCUGGCCGUGACGGAGGAGCUGCACCUCAUCACCUUCACGCUGGCGUACGCCUACUGCGGGCUGGAGCUGGAGCUGGAGACCUCCACGCUGCCCUUCGUCAUCAUCUCCAACAACAACCAGCUCUCCAGCGCCUGGGCCUCCAUCCUCUGGUUCAACAUGCUCAGCAGCAACCCUAAGGAACAACAUUUCUUCUCUUCGCCGCUCCCGGCACCCUGGCCCCGGCUGGCCAAGGUGCUGAGCUGGCAGUUCGAGAGCGUGGCGGAGCGGGGCCUGAACAAGGAGCACCUCCUCAUGCUGGCCGAGAAGCUCUUCGGCUCGAAGCCAUCUCCGGAGAGCACCGUGGCCUGGCCCAAGUUCUCCAAGGACAGCGCCUCCGGCUUCUCCUUCUGGGCCUGGCUGGACGGGAUCCUGGGGCUGCUCCAGGAGCACCUCAAGCAGCUCUGGAAGGAUGGGCUCAUCUUGGGCUUCGUGAGCCGGAAGCAAGAGAAGAAGCUGCUGAAGGGGAAGCGGACGGGGACGUUCCUGAUCCGGUUCAGCGAGAGCAUCCUGGGGGGAGUCACCUGCACCUGGGUGGAGCACCCCGAGACCGGGCCCCCCGCGUUCCGGGCAGUGGUUCCCUACACUGCGGCCGAGCUGGCGUCCCUGGCGCUGCCUGACAUCAUCCGCGACUACCAGCUGCUGGUGGAGGAGAACAUCCCCGAGAACCCCCUCCAGUUCCUGUACCCCAACACCGCCCGCGACGAGGCCUUCGGGCCCUACUACAGCCAGCGGCAGGAGGGGAACCUGACGGAGCAGAAGAAAUACCUGAACCGGCGUCUCAUCCGUGUGUCCUCCAGGCAGGCAAAUGAGUCGUGGCAGACAGAAGAGGAGUUGGUGGCUGCCACGGAAAACCUGGAGAUGCUGCAGCUGCAGCCCAGUGGCCUGGGGACACAGCAGCCGGGUGGCCUGGCACCGCUGCAGCCCGGGGGCUCGGGGACAAUGCAGAUGCUGCAGCCUGGGGGCUCGGGGAUGCUGCAGCCCGGGGGCUUGGGGAUGCUGCAGCCGGGGCCGCAUGGCCUGGAGCCAUCACAGCAGCCGCAGGUGGGAUCGGGGGUCUCGGAAAUGCUGCAGCCAGGGACCAGGGACCUGGAGCUGCAGCCGGUGGGACCAGGGGGCUCGGAGCCACUGCAGCCAGCGGCCGGGGACGCAGGUAUGCCGCAGCCGGUGCUGGGGCCCGUGGAGCCGGUGCUGGUCCCCGAGGGGCUGGGGACGCUGCCACCGGAGCUGAGGGACCUGGAACUGGUACCCGCGAGCCCGGACAUGCAGGAGCUCCUGCGGUCGCUGGCGGAGGGGCUGGAGCCGGGCUCGGGGAUGCUGGAGACGCUGGAGGCGGCAGAGCUGAUGCCCGACAUGUUGGAGGCCAUAGACAGGGGGCUGGAGGGGCUGGGCCCCAGGCUGGAAAGCAGCGCCGUGCUCCUGGACCCCUGUGACCCGUUCCUGCCGCAGCCCGAGGACACGGCCCUGCCCGCCGUCACCUCCCUCUUCACCGCCACCGACAUCCCCUCGCUUCAUAUCGACGCUAACGACUUCCAGUGACUCCCCCCGGCCCCCCCUGUAAAUAAACCUCUUCCCACCCCA